AUGAUAGACGUGAUGAAAAAAAAGUAAAAACUUAAAAAGAAAAAUAGUUUAUCAAAAACAUAAUUUCCAAUAUUGGGGAGUUUUAAAAUAAUUAAGAAAUUUUUGAAAAUUAAUCAGUUUUAAAUUUCUUCUUUAGAGAAAUUCAUUAUAAAUUGUAAUAACUUCGUAUAGCAAUAUUUUAUUAAGGAGAUUACGGAGAAGCAUAUUAUAUAAUAAUAAAAGGUUAAUUUUUUAUAAAAAAUAAUAAUUGAUUUUAUAAAAAACUAAGGAGAAGUCUGGUGUUUAAUAGAAUAAUAAGAAUAAAAUAAUAUUGAUAAUAAAACUAUUAAACAAUCUUUAAAUAAUUAUAAUUAAGAUUAAUCUGAAGAUCAAUUUGUAAAUAACUUUUUUCAAAAUCAAAAAAUUGCCUAAAUAUAUAAAUAAUGGUAAGCCUUUGGAGAAAUAGCAUUAUAUACAGAAGCUAAAAGGACUGCUACUAUGAUAUGUAAAAGUGAUACUCAUUUAAUAGUUAUAUCUAAAAAUGGUUUUAAUAAGAUUAUAGGAGAAUUAUGUAGACAAAAAAUACUUGAAAAAAUAAAUUUUAUUAAAUAAUAUUGGUUUUUUAGUUAGAUUCCUAAUAAUAAAAUUAUGAGUAUAUUAAUGUAUUUUAAAAUAGAAAACAUACAAAAAGAGAAAUAUUUAUACAAAGAAGGAGAAUAAAUAAAAGACAUUUAUUUAUUAAAAGAAGGAGAAGUCGAAUUAACAAAAAAAUUAGAAAAUUAAAAUAAUAUAAUUUAAAAUAAAAUAUAUGAUGAAUAACUUAUUGAAUAAAAAUUAGCAAAGGCUUAUUAAAAAUUAUAAAAUACUUUAAGAAUAAGUGUAUUAUCUUAAAAUUCUUAUUUUGGUUUAGAAGAAUUAAUUAAUAAAAAAUAAUUUAGAGACUCCUCUGCUUAAUGUAUAUCUACUUAAGCUAUUAUUUAUAGACUACCAUUAUAAAUUUUAUAAGUAAUUUUUUUUCCCUUUAAACUAUUAAACUGA